GCAGCAUUAAAAAGGGAGAGCGAGAACAUCUCUGUGCCACUGCUCAGCAGCAACAUCCAGCGGCAGAUAACUCUGAACAGGUUCAAAACUCACCUGUGCCACUAGUCGUCCUCAUAGUAAUACUUCACCAAACUUUUUACAGCCUUGCAUCUUUUUUUUUCUGAGAUUUUCUUUCAAACAUUGUGGCAUCCCAGGAGAGAUUUCUGUUAAAUCUCGAGAAGCUCUCGACUGUCUAAUACUUGUUAUUGGACCUUUGAGAGGCAAUGCAAAAGAUGCUGGUGCUUCAAUGGUUGCUGAUUUGGGGAAUAGCACUUCUGGUCCUUGAGUGUGAUGCUAAGUUUGGAGAGAAGAGUGAAGCAGGUACAAGAAGAAGAAGGUGUCUGAAUGGGAGCCCCCCAAAACGUGUGAAGAAGAAGCACAGGAAGUUGCAGACUCUAGAUCUUGGGGUAGCUGGAGAUGGAUGUAUAGGUUUGUACCCCCGUCUAUCCUGUUGCACCAAACCUGACAACACGGGACUGCAGAUUGAUCCAAAGAUAUUUUCGGUUACCAACAACACUGAGUGUGCAAAGCUUCUGGAAGAAAUCAGAUGUGCGUACUGUUCGCCACAUGCUCAGCAUCUCUUCCAUCCAUCAGAGAGAACCGACACAUCCGAGAGGCAGCUUGUACUUCCGACCUUGUGUAAAGACUAUUGCAAAGAAUUCUAUUACACUUGCAGAGGACAGAUACCAGGUUUACUACAAACAACAGCAGAUGAAUUUUGUUUUUAUUACGGCACAAGAGACAACAGAUUAUGCUUCCCGGAUUUCCCAAGGAAACAAAUAAGAGGUCCAGCAUCAAACUACUUGGACCAGAUGGAAGAAUAUGACAAAGUGGAAGAGAUCAGCAGAAAACACAAACACAACUGUCACUGCAUUCAAGAGGUUGUGAGAGGGUUAAGACAACCUGUUGGAGUAAUGCAUAGUGGAGAUGGAUCUUAUCGACUAUUUAUCCUUGAAAAGGAGGGCUACGUGAAGAUCCUGAGUCCUGAAGGAGAUCUCAUAAAGGAACCUUUCCUUGAUGUACAUAAAGUAGUUCAAAGUGGAAUAAAGGGAGGAGAUGAAAGAGGACUUCUAGGACUUGCAUUCCAUCCCAAUUAUAAGAAAAAUGGAAAGCUCUAUGUGUCGUACACCACCAACCAAGAGCGCUGGGCCAGCGGACCUCACGACCACAUUCUUAGAGUUGUCGAAUACACAGUGUCUAGGAAAAAUCCCAGUCAGGUCGACGUAAGGACAGAAAAAAUAUUUCUUGAAGUGGCAGAGUUACACAGGAAGCACUUGGGAGGACAGCUUUUGUUUGGUCCUGAUGGCUUCCUGUAUAUUUUCCUUGGCGAUGGAAUGAUAACUAUUGAUGAUAUGGAAGAGAUGGAUGGUCUGAGUGAUUUUACAGGUUCAGUACUGCGAUUGGAUGUUGACAUAGAUAUGUGUGGUGCUUUAUAUUCCAUUCCCAAAAGCAAUCCACAUUUUAACAGUACCAACCAACCCCCUGAAAUAUUUGCACAUGGACUACAUAACCCAGGCAGAUGUGCAGUUGACCAUCAUUCCAAAGAUGUCAAUACAAAUUUGACAAUUAUUUGCUCAGAUUCAAGCACUAAGAACAGAUCGUCCACUAGGAUACUACAAAUUAUAAAGGGCAAGGACUAUGAAAGUGAGCCUUCACUUCUAGAAUUCAAGCCAAUGAGCAGUGGCCCCAUGGUCGGUGGAUUUAUAUACAGAGGCUGUCAAUCCGAGCGGCUGUAUGGCAGUUACGUAUUUGGCGACCGCUAUGGAAACUUUAUAACACUCAAUCAGAACCCCACAACAAAGCAGUGGCAGGAAAAGCCAUUCUGUCUUGGCAGUGGAACUUCUUGUAGAGGACCUUUCACAGGACACAUACUAGGAUUUGGUGAAGAUGAGCAAGGUGAAGUCUACAUACUCUCCAGCAGUAAAAGUAUGACUCAGUCGCACAGUGGGAAACUAUACAAGAUCAUUGACCCUAAAAGACCAAUGAUGCCUGAAGAGUGUAAACGGCCUGUGCUCCCAGUCCAGCCUCUGUCCUCUGAGUGCUCCCGACACUGUAAAAAUGGUCACUGCACCCCCACAGGGAAAUGCUGCUGCAAUCAAGGAUGGGAAGGGGAGUUCUGCAGAAUCGCAAAAUGUGAACCAGCAUGUCGGCAUGGAGGUGUCUGUGUGAGGCCAAACAAGUGUCUAUGUAAAAAAGGCUUCCUGGGCCCACAGUGUGAAAUAGUGGAUAGAAACAUCCGGAGAGUGGCUCGGGCAGGUAUUCUUGACCAGAUCAUUGAUGUGACGUCAUAUUUGCUGGAUCUCACCAGCUACAUUGUAUAGUUCUCUCGGACUGCUUAAAUACAUCAUUCUAAACGGGCAUUUAUUUUUCAUGUAAAUUAAAAAAAGAAGGACUUUGUAAUACUGCUCUAAAUCCCUGUGUUUUAAAAUAUUUUAUUAAUUUAAAUAUAUUGUCCAUAAAAGUGAGUUUGUGUGUGUAAUUUAUGAAUAUUUGAGUGUACAUGUAUGUGUGAAGAUAAAGACAUCCAUUUAUUGAACAUUCUGAUAUCGUAACUAUUGGCUGCAACAUGUCAUAUAAAAAAAAAAUCUACACGUGUCAUAACAGCAUUACGAUAUUAGAUAUGUAGAGAAAUAUACAGCACCUUCAUUUGUAAAGGUAGCUACCAAGUUGGGAGGGGGGAUAUAAACGAUUUUCAGUUGCUUUAACGUGUUGUGUAACUAUCUCAGGUAAUUACAUGAGUAACGUUCA